GAUCACAAUUUUCAUCAUGGCUCUUCGUUUCCGAGUUGUGUCAUAGGAAAAACACGAAUUUUUCGUAAUUUCAGUGAAACCUAGUGCAAAAAGUGGCUAAAGUCCGACCCACCGUAUCCGGGGCACCCGUUAGCAAUGGAUUUCGGCAAGUUGCUGAGCGUAGCGCAGCGCAAUGCUGCUAACAUGGAGCAGAAGUCUGAGGGCCGCUACUAUUCCACCAAAUUUGCUCCCCCCAAGAAGGAAUGCAAAGAGAAAAAACUUUCGGCUAACAUCAAAAAGUUUCUGGCCAAGAAGGAAGAGGAGGAGCGGGAGAAAGCACUGGAGGAGCAGCGCAAACGAGAUGAGCUACUGGCAAAGCGUGACCCGAAGGCCAAGCGGAAAAUCGAAAAGAUGCUCAAGGUGAUCAAAUCGGCCAACAAAUCGGUCCUGGAGGAUGCCAUCGAUACGCAGGACACGGCCUUGACGCUGCAGGGACCCGAUCAACCGGACGAGGACGAUUACGGGUACACGUCCAAUGUGGCUUCCCAUUUCUAUCAGCAGCUGAUGGAAAAGUACAAGAAUACUCCAGAGGAGAAAAAGUUCAAAGAUGGCGAGAAGCGGACAAUGUCCAAGGAUGAUAUCGAUCGCGCAAAGGCACGGGUAAAGGAGGCACUGAACAAGGCGCAAGAGGAGGAGAACGCACCGCGUACUAGAAAGCGAAAAGACGCUGGCGAGGGAACGAGCGGUGGUGGUAGUGAACCGCCCGGAAGCAGUGCAGGUAGUACAAAGCAGGUUGGUCCCGAUCGGUAUGACCCCGAUGAGGAACGACGAAAAGAAGCGGAAGCUAAAGCAAAGGAAGAUGCUGCCAAGAGGAAAGCUAAGCGUCCGGCAGGACCUGCACCACCGGAUUUUGCUACCCUGCUCAAAUUAGCCGAACAAAAACAGUUCGAACCGGUCAAGGUCGAAGUCACGGAAGAGAAAAAGGAACCCGAACGGUUAAUGACCAAAAAGGAAAAGAAAGAAUAUGAAGAGCGCAUGGCGUAUCUGGAACAGAAAAAGAUUCGGGAUCGGAUUCGGAAUGAUCCAAGGCUUUCCGAGAAGGAGAAACAAAUUAAGCUGGCAAGGUAUGACGCUGCAAAAUCAGGCAGCCGUAGUUCUUCCGCUGGAAGUGGUUCAUCUUCGAGUACUUCAGUUAAACCGAGUUCUGCCCCGAACGUAAUGGCACCGAAUGGGAGAAUUCCCAAGUUAAAUUCGGCCGGAGCUGAUAGGCCUCCGCUUCCUAAACCUACGUCGACUGCAGGUUCCUCAAAACCACCCCCUCACCGACCGGAUGAUCGGCAAAAACCUACUCCAGAUCCGACAGCGCGAAGCAAACUAGAAGCUGCACUCACCGCCAAAAAAGCCCCUACCAGUUCUCUGCCCCCCAGGGAACCUGCAGCAUCAACAUCCAGCGCGGUUAAAAAACCUCUCCCAUCAUCCCAUCCGAACGGUGCUAGUGCCAAGCAAGGUUCAUCGUCCUUGAAAGCUGCUCCAACACCAUCUCGGAACGGUCCUACAGCCUCAGGUGCCUCAUCAUCUUCGAGCUCAUUAAAAACGCAACAGCCAGUGAAUGGCCAAAAAGCCCGAUCAUUCCCAACUGCAGCAGCAACGGUACCGGCUGGAGCUGCUCAAAAACCACGCCAGUUCCCGCCGGCCGAUGUACAACGAUCGCGACCGGAAGCACCACGAUCUCGUCCAGCCCCGCCGUCGUCGGAUGCGGUUCAGCAGCGGUCGCGUCCCUUCCCAGGUCCCGAUGUGAUACGGAAGCGUCCCAGUGGCGGACCACCGCCACCCAAAAAGCGCCGACCCGUCAUCGAGGACAGUGACAGCGAGUAUGACUCGGAAAUGGACGACUUUAUCGACGAUGGCGAUGCCGAGGAGGACUACUCGUCCCACAUCCGUGCCAUUUUCGGGUACGAUAAGUCACGCUACCGGGAUGAGGACUUUGAUGAUCGACAAAUGGAGUCGAACUACGCACAGCAGAUGCGGGAGGAGUUCAUCAGCAAGAAGCUCGGUUUGUUGGAAGAUCUGGAGGAUAUGCGAGCGGAGGAGGAAGAAAAGCGCCAGAAGGCACUGGCGAAGAAGCAGAAGGCGAAAGGGAAAUGAACCGCGUAGCGCGUGUGAACACGGAUUGUUAUGGAAAUUUGAGUUUGUUUUUAAUCGCUACUAUUAACCCUAUUUAUUUUUUAUUAUGUAUAUUUCUAACAUUAUUACCGUACGUUUAGUUUUAGUCAAAAUUUAUCGCGACUUAGUAAUCAGCAUUCUUUGUUAGGUUGAUGUAGUCGGUAAUCAUUAGUUUAUUUUUUAGCGAAACACAUCGCACGGAUAUCGUGAGCACGAAGUACAGUUCAGAAAAAUUGUGGAAUUCUGGGCAACGCGGAUCAAGCAGAUUAUUUGGUGGACAAUUGCAGUAACGAUUUAUUAUACACAUAUAGUAGAACAUGCAAAAAACACAAUAAACAUAUACAUAGUAUAGCUGUUGCAAUGAUUUCGUUAGUUGCAAUUUAU